UUACUUUUCAGGCACUUUUCCCGCCAACAAGCCGUAAGCUGUCUUUAUAUUCGGAGGCGUCGCGAUACAACGUGCGUGUGCAGUGUACAUCAUCGACGGCAACAUGUACGUCAAAGUGAGGUCGAUGGAUGGGAAAAAGGAGGCAAUUAUAAUGAUCUCCAAGCUCACUAUGGUAGAGGAUUUAAAGCGUGAAAUUGAAAAAGAACUACACAUUGAAAUAGAUAUGCAGAGGUUAUUUUUUCGUGGCAAGCAAUUAGAAAAUGGUUAUAAACUCUAUGAUUAUAACAUUAAUUUGAAUGACGUCAUACAGCUUAUGAUAAAGAUAAAGAUAGAUAAUACACAGAACAAAGCUACCUCUAGUAAUGAUAGUGAUGUAAAAAACAAGAGAAAGAUAAGUGAAAACAAAGAAGAAGAAUUAGUAGAAGCAGAGAGCUUAUAUUAUAAAGUUGGUGAUGCGAUAGAUUGCCUUGAUCAAAUACAUGGUGCCUGGUUUGAAGCUAUUAUACAAAAAAUUUUUCAAAAGAAAGAGGAAAUAGUUUAUAAUGUAUUAUGGGAGUUUGAUGACAAAGCUUUCCCUUUUAAUGUAUCUGAAACAUGUAUACGGCCUCGCGCUAGACAUCUUAUACCAUUUGAUAAAUUAUCUGUUGGUCAAAAAGUAAUGAUCAAUUAUAAUGUGGAUGAGCCUAAACAAGUUGGAUUGUGGUAUGACUUUACGAUAUCCAAGAUAGAGAAAAAAAGAAAAUUGCAAGAAUUGACUGGAAUAUUGCACAUGGGCAGCGAUCAUCAACUUGAAAUCCAAAAAGUUAAUCCCAAAGGAGAAAUAUAUGCUAUAGAAACAAUCAAGUUACUGACAGAGAGAACCGCAGAAGAUGAAAGAUUUAUGGUUAGUAAUGGCAAACGCAGACGGGUCGCUGCUACCUGCACGACAUGUAUGGACAAUCCACGUAAAAAGUGUCAAGAAUGUGGUUGUAAAGUAUGCGCUGGCAAGCAAGAUGAACAUAAUCUUUUACUUUGCGACGAAUGCAACUAUGCAUAUCAUUUGGGAUGUCUGAAUCCACCGCUCGCGACAAUACCAGACGAUGAUUAUUGGUAUUGUCCCGAAUGUAAAAAUGAUGAAAAUGAAAUUGUUAAGGCAGGAGAUAAACUGAAAGAGUCAAAGAAAAAACCCAUUAUCCAAGACACUAAGGAACCAAAAAGGGACUGGGGAAAAGGAAUGGCUUGUGUUGGUAGAACAAAAAUAUGCAGUAUUGUUCCUUCAAAUCAUCGUGGUCCGAUUCCAGGUAUAGAGGUUGGCAUGUGUUGGAUAUUUAGAGUGCAGGUCUCAGAAGUAGGAGUACAUAGACCACACAUAGCUGGCAUUCAUGGACGAGAAACGGAUUGCGCAUACUCUAUCGUUUUAUCGGGUGGUUACGAGGAUGACAUUGACAACGGUGACGAAUUUCUAUACACUGGCUCUGGUGGCAGAGAUUUAUCAGGUAACAAAAGAACUGCUGGACAAAGUAGCGACCAGACAUUAACCAGAAUGAAUAAGGCAUUGGCGAUAAAUUGUAACGCUAAAUUAAAUGCGAAAGACGGCGCAACGGCCGAGGAUUGGAGAGGAGGAAUACCGGUUCGAGUCGUACGCAAUUUUAAAUUAAGAAAAUAUAGUAAAUAUGCGCCGCAGGAAGGUAACAGAUACGACGGUAUAUAUAAAGUAGUAAAGUAUUAUCCAGACACAGGUAAAAGUGGCUUUCGUGUUUGGAGAUAUGUAUUAAGGAGGGAUGAUCCUUCCCCUGCUCCUUGGACUAAAGAAGGCAAGGCGAGAAUUGCUUCACUCGGUUUAAAACCAAUAUAUCCUGAUGGAUAUCUCGAAGCAAUGAAGAAAAGCAGUGUACCUAAUGCUAAAAAACGAUCUGCUCUUGGUGAUGAAGAAGAUACUAUGGUUUUGAAAAGAAAUAAGAGUCCACCGAAAAAGAAGUUUAAGCGGGAGACCUAUGAUUUGGAAGACGAAUUGAAGAAUUUCAUAGAAAAUGACAAACUAAAUGCUAAAUUAUGGGCUGAAUGCACCUCGGCAUUACCUGAUGGAAAAACCACUUUCCUAGAAUUUAUUUCAGAAAGAUUCACGUGCGCUUGUUGCCUCGAAAUAGUUUAUAAUCCUGUAACGACUCCCUGUGCACACAAUAUCUGCUUAAAGUGUUUAAAACGAAGCUUUUUUUCUGAGGUAUAUUCUUGUCCCUCGUGUCGAUAUGAUCUAGGUAAAACUUAUAAAAUGGAGAUCAAUCAGUCAUUGGCAUCUGCAUUAUUAUUGAUUUAUCCUGGUUACGAGAGCGGGAGAUAG